UGCUUUGCAACCCUGUCGGCCGGCAAAGUGCUUCGUGCAAAAGUUUUUUCUGUUUAUGUUGUCAGUCUAAAAAAUGGCAGAAAAAUAAAUUAUUUUCAUUUCUCGUAUGUUAUUGUCGACUACUGGUAUAAUUGGUAUUUAUUGACAAAGGUAGAUGUAUUGUUUGUGCGAAAACAUAUUAGGAAAAUAACAAACUGAAGAAAGAAUGUUGGAGAACGAAGUAUUAGCGCUGCAAAAUCAAUUGACCAUCGCACGCAAUGAAAUCAACAAAUUGAGACAACAAGUGCGAAAUUUGCAGCAUGUGCAGCGGAAAGAUAUUGAUGGUGUGGCUCGUUUGCUGCGAGAAUUUCGUUGCGAGGGCUGCCGUCGACAAACUGCAGAGGAAAACACAAGAAACAGCAAUGUUUCACCCAAGCAAAAUCAGCAGAGUGAAGAUUCUAAUGCGGAGGCGUGCGGAGGUGUGCGUUGGCAGCAAAUUGGCAUAAUACGUACUGCUUUUCCCGAAAAGCGUGCUGUACCGAGGCAGUCAAGUGUGGGUGGUCGCUUGCGAGGUAUUGUUGAGUUGAACACUGAUACAUUCACAAAUCCAGAGCACGCGCUGGAGGGAUUAGAGGAAUAUUCCCAUAUGUGGCUAAUUUACCACUUUCACAAAAAUAAUGCACAUCCGAAGGCCAAGGUCGCACCGCCACGUUUAGGUGGUGAGCGUGUGGGCGUAUUCUCAACCCGCUCUCCACAUCGACCCUGCCCUAUAGGCUUAUCUUUGGUGGAAAUUGAAAAAGUGGAUGGUGCGUCGAUUACGUUCUUUGGAACGGACAUGGUUGAUGGCACACCGUUAUUGGAUAUUAAACCAUACAUUCCUUUUUAUGAUUCGCCAGUACUGCCCAUGGACUCGGGUCGUGUAUCUGUUGGACCACUAGAAACAUUGGAUUUUUAUGAUUCUCGACAGGACCCGGAUGGUGAAGAAUCAGAGCUGGAGCUGUUGGCAGCAGGUGCAACGGGUGGCAGUAAUAGUAGUAGUGAUGAUGCUGUUGUCGGUGUUGGCAAUCAUCAUAUUUCAACACCGCCUAAUAUUGUAAACAAUGCUUCGCCACCAUUGAGUGCUGUCAAGGUACCCAACUGGGUGGCAGGAAGUCACCGCUUGAAAGUUUGCUUCAACGAACGUGCUGAGUCACAAUUACAAGAGUUACAAGUGCACCGACAGUGUAUUAUAGAUAUAUUGGAGGCAGAUCCCCGUUCCGUAUAUCUUCGUACUAAAUACGGUUCACAGAUAUUUACGUUUCAAUUAAGUGAAGUAACUGUUACAUGUAAAUUCGAUGACAAAGCCGCGAUGGUAACGGUAGUACAGAUACGCAGAACGGAAAAUGUGCAAGACGAAGAAGUGCCGGAGUAAUGGAACAACAACUAAUAAAGAAAGAGCUUUUUAUAUGUACCAAUGGUGUGGUGAAUACUUUUGUAUAGAGUAUGCACAUAAUUACUGUUGAGAAGAUACAGGGGCUAAAAUUACAUAAAUAUAGAAAUAAACAUAAAUUAUACUAUUCGUAGUAUAUGCUAAUGUCACACGGUUACAUAUUAUGAUUGCUUCAGAUACUCUUAACUAAUGCAGAUCCAGUGAAGCUGCUGCUGCUACUACACGCGCUACACGCGUUUAAGUUGCUACCGCUACCAGCUACGAUUUAUUGACAAAUGUAUUUUAUUAUAAAACUAGCUCUGUUUUUGCAUUUUCACUACCUUUUUUUAUAAGUUUUAGUUCUAGUGUUAAUAUUAUUUAUUUGUAUUUCGUUACGCUUGAAAUAGAUUUUAAACUAUGUUUAAAACAUAUCGUCUAGAGAACAAAAUAUCGAUGACAAUUAUAGCAGCAAUUUAAGUAAAUAAAUGUUGGAAGUAUGACUUGUAAA